GGCACGUCAGAAGCCGUUGCCCUGGCAGGCAAUUCGUCCGCAGGAUCGUCAGGAACUAACCUGCGUUUCUUAACUUUCGGGGGAAGGGGAUCCAGAGCAAGCACCGAGGCAGUUGUCCGCGCGGCAGGCGUCUGGAUGUCCGAAACUUUUUCUAUCACAGCUUCCUCUUCGUCUUCUUCAGGCUGUACUUUUCUUCGUUUAGGUGCCUUUUUCUCCGCUCCAGGCUCUGAAUCCGGCUCCGCCGUCCGUUUCUUAGACUUUUUCGGCGUUUUGCCCUUGCUUGCCACUUCGCUGUCAGAGGACUUCGCCUUGCCCUUUCCACUCUUCGUGGUGCGGCUAGCAGGUUUGGUUGGAUCUUCAACCUGAGACUUCGGCUUGCCCGCUAGAGAACGGUUCGUCAUUUCAGUGGCUUGGACGUCAAAAAUGCGGACCUUUGCGCCGGACUGGUCCAGGUUCUGAGACAGGCUUGGAGGCCUCAAGGUCAGCUUGGCUUGUGGCAGAUGCCUGCGUUUUCGAUGCGCGUUUCUUUGGCUUCGCAGCGUCGGCCGUUGAGUCUCGCGUUUCAACGCCAUCUUGCAUCUCCGCCCGUUUCGUGGAAACUUUGCGCUUGGUCUCCGUUGCUUUGGAGGUUGUUCGCCUC